UUUCUCGUGAUACAGGUACAAUACAAAUGACGCUCGAUUCUUCAGCGUGAAACGUUCAUUUGAAUGCGGUGUUGACGAGUGUGCGUACCUGGGCCGGACAUUGCCACAGAUUACUAAGUUAUUGAUUACCCUGUGAAGAGAUAAAAACUCUGACGUCAACGGUUUCCAGGAUACGUCACCCAAUAUUCCUUCCCACUUUCCUGGGAUAGUGACCAGGACAUCUGCGCGCGACUAUCGAUCGGCGUCUACCUGUCGGAUUGCGCCGACGGGUCCUUCCUCGCGAUCCUAAGUCAGACGCAGUUGAUUUUAAGCGGUGCCGGGUGUAACAGCUGCCACUUAUCCAAACCAUCACACAUACAAUACAUGAACAAUUAAUCGAUUUUCCUCGAACUUGUUGCAUCAACUGCGAAGUUGCGCUCGAAAAUUGUGACAAUUUAAAUUCGACGGGCGCCUGCGCGUGCUAUCGAUUCAACCCUUCUCGGGUUGGAUACACUCAGCUGCGAGACUUACGAAAGAGAAGAGAAAUCAUGGCGGAUUGGUUCGAUCAGUUGGUGCGAUUUCUUUUGGCGUUUGUAAUAGUGUUAUUUAAAGGAGCCACGUCCGACAUCGACGACGAGGGCUUCAAUGAAAAUCAUUAUGGCAAGUUCGACGGACUCUACAACCCCUUUAUUGAUCAAUUUCCGGACUCUCACGAGGCACCGUUACAACCGACUGAAAAUCACGUCUGGCGAAGCCCCGAAAAUCUCGGCGAGAUUUCCGGCGUCGCCGUGGACCCGUCGGGAAAACUUGUGAUUUUUCAUCGCGCAGAUCGAGUAUGGGAUUAUGACACCUUCAACGAGAACGCGGAAUACCAAGAGAAGUACAAAGGUCCUAUUCGUGAUAAUGUCGUAUUGACAUUGGAUUCAAACACUGGUGAUAUUACUCGCGCUUGGGGAAAUCAAACGUUUUAUCUGCCUCACGGAGUUCACGUCGACAGCUUUGGAAACAUAUGGUUGACUGACAUCGCACUCCAUCAAGUAUUCAAGUACUCAGCUCACGGUGUACCCCGGCUAGUCCUUGGCCAAAGAUUUGAGCCUGGAAGUGAUAUGGAUCACUUUUGCCAACCUACGACUGUCGCGAUUGCACCAGGUGGCGAAAUAGUCGUAGCGGAUGGUUACUGCAACAGUAGAAUAAUGCUUUUUGACUCAAAAGGCAACCCCAAAUAUAGUAUCGACGAACAUUGGGUGUCUCUAAAAAUUCCGCACGCCUUGACAAUCUUGCCGAACAGGCAAGUGUGCGUGGCCGAUCGCGAAAAUUCGAGGAUCGUGUGCAUGAACGUCGAACUUUCCGGAGCGAAACAACAUCCCGAAUUUCCAUAUUCGAUUCAUCAUCCGCAUUUUGGCCGCAUCUUCGGUAUCGCGUCGUACCGUGGAAUCAUUUAUGCUGUCAAUGGCAUGACGUCCAGAAACAUACAAAUUAAAGGUUUCACAAUCGAUCCUGUAAAUCGAGAAGUAAUAGGAUUUUGGGGUCCAGAAUCUUCGGUUUUCCUGAGGCCCCACGCCAUCGCUAUAUGUCCAAACGGCACAGCUCUCUAUGUUUCAGAGAUCGGACCUAACAAAGUAUGGAAGUUUGAUCUAAUACAAACUCUGUAACAUAGGAGUUAAACGACUGAUAUAAGUAGCCGGAAUCUGUCAUCUAAUGUCUACCUGAUUCUAGAAGAUACCAAAAAUCGAGUUCUCGAAAGGCAACAAAAUCAAAUCCAUUCCUCUUCCAUUACCUCAUUAGCGAUACUGCUAUGUACAAAGUAUUUGGUAGCAGGUAUAAUCAAUGUUUAUGCUGAUAUUCAUUAUUGAAAACUAAGGUAAAAAAUUAUCUUGCUUUAGUUUUUGACAAGGAUAUCGUCUACUGAAUACUUUGUACAUCAUACAAGCGGUAUAGUUAUCCAGGUAGUACAAGAAUGUCCUUGAUUAAUCCAACAGAUAUCCAAAAAGAAUAUGGUGCAUAUCUCGUGGAUGUAUCCGACAAAUGUGUCAGAAAAGCUGGAUUUAUUUAGGAUAAUCUUGAGGACGUCUUGCACUAUCAAGACAGUAAAAGAAUUAUUAAAUGUGAAUCGCGUGUUAACUCAUAUUAUAUAACUCAUAGUUAAUUAAUUUAGAUAUUAACAUAAACCAAUUUAAGGGUUUUAUUUUAAAGAUAACAAAUGAACUAACAAAAUUAUUCAGAUAAAACGAAGUUAUAAUAUUUUUUUAUUUUUGACCAGAAGUUUCGUGCUCAAUGCAUUUCAAAUAUUACAUCUUAAUAUCCGCAUUUUAGUUAGAAAACAGUUAAACAUUAUAAGUUAAACAUUAUAAUUUUAAUAAAAAUAAUCUCCAUAGUUUAUAUAUAUAUAUAUAUAUAUAUAUAU